AUCGCAGAUUUGGUGCUAUCCAUAUUCAAUAAGACACGGCGCAGAAGUGGCUAUAGCUCUGUAGAAACGGAUGACAAUGAUAAUGAAGCAAUAGAGAAAGAAAGGCAUUCGAACCCGAUGACCAAUUCGGCCGAAGACUACAUCGGUCCUCUAGCAAAUAGCUUUUCUCCGGAAAAAAGGAGUCUGUCAAACAACACAAACUCUCUAAAUUUAUCAUUUAAUAGUAAAACCAAUCGUGAUUUUAGCAAGAAAUCUUCCCCAGUCAGUUCUGCCCCGAGUAUAAUUCUAACACAGGAUACUGACGAUACAUCAAGCAGCGAAAGUGACGAAGAGAUUCCUCGGGCUCCUUCUACACAGUUCAAUUAUCCUAAGAGGUCGUAUGCCAGGAACAGAAUUCCUUGUGCCAUGCCAGUGGACUCCUGUGAUCGCAACACACAUACAAUGUCUCCGCGGAAGUACAGCAUACCCCCUCGUCUUGACCUCCCGAUCGACGUGCAUCCAUUCCGUAGAGGUUCGGUACACAAUACGUCAGACAUACAACUGUGUCUGAAGGGGUUGAAAUUUCACAUAGAAAACAGACUGGAUUUGCUGGAAGCAUCAUGUAAAGACACCAAACUGUUGCUUAAAAAAGUCCAUGGCGGCCCAAGAGCAGUUCAUGACUCUUAUCAUGAACUCGAUAAAGAAGGAGAAGGUAUAGCCCACCAUUGCGAAUUGUGCGUGAAUGUGACUUUUUGUUUUACAGAAAUCUUAGAAUAAGUUAAAUACAUAGAUGAGUGUACCUGUGUUUUGUGUUUACUUAUAGAAUACGGU